UCUCCCCUUUUGUGUGAUGCAAUCUUUGCUUUUCCUGUAUGCAAAAUUUUCAUAAUCCUUCCUAGCGAAUUUCUAGUUGACGGAGAUUUGAAACAAAAUGCCUUAAUAAAAAACCGUAAAUUACGUUUAAGAAGAUCAUACGAAUAGAGUUCAAAGUUCAUUAAUUUGAUCGGAAUUUCGAACAAAAAUGGAAUUUCUCAUCGACUGAAUCCACAUUUACUGGAUAAUGGAACUUACCAUUAAUAUAAACAUAGACCGCAAUACUGUUAUUGUUAUGCUGGGUACUAACUUAUGGAAAUUCUCACUGACUGUAAUCUUAGAUGAUAAUUUAAUUUCCAUAAUAAAUUUUGGUAUAAAAUUAACAAAGUAUUUAAUAAAAAUUGUUUUAGAUGAUAACUUUACUUCCAUAACUAAAGCUGGAUUAAAUGCCAUUACAUUUGUACUAAAUUCGAAUUGGGACGAAAGUAUCAUUUACGUUAUCAAAUUUAUUCUACGUUUAUGGAAAUUAUUAUUUAUUAUCAUUUUAGACGAUAAUAUAAUUUGUGUAUUAAAGUUUGCUUUAAAGUUAAUAAGAUGCUUUUUAUUAAUUAUCAUGGACGAGAAUGUUGUAGCAGUCUUCAGGUUUAACGUCAAGUUAUGCAAGUUACUUAUACUCUUAAUGCUAGAUGAAAAUAUACUUUAUUUACUAAAAUUCAGCGUAAGAAUUUCGCAAUUAUUUGUUAAUCUCAGCCUAAAUGAUACCUCCAUUUCCGUAAUCAUAUUCGCCAUUAAGCUAUGGAAAUUCUUGCUGAUUCACGUGCUAAACGAAAAUAUACUUUCAGUAUUGAUACUUUGCAUUCGUUUAUGGAAAUUUCUACUCAUGUUAACAUUCAAUGAGCAAGUAAUUUACAUAGUUAUGCUUAGUACAAGAUUAUGCAAUGCCCUAUCACCUAUAGUAUUGAACGAGAACAUAAUUUCCAUAACUAUGAUCAGCAUCAAGCUAUGGAAAUUAUUACUGAAUUUAAUCUUUGAUGAGAAUAUUGUCAGCGUUAUACUCUUCAGUUUCAAUUUAUUUAAGAUUUUAUCAUCAUUAAUACUGGAUGAAAAUAUAGUUAUAGUAUUAAUGUUUGCUGUUAAAAUAUGGAAAUUAAUGAUAACAUUAUUCUUCGAUGAGAAUAUGGUUUUCACGAAAAUCUUAUUUAUAUUGCCAUGA